AUGAAAAUUGCAAAAGUGGUUGAAUGGAAACCGAUUUAUAUUAAGUAGAACCUAAUGGAAAUGUUGAUAUAACCUUUUUAAUAGAUUAAUAUCCUCGGUCUAGAGAAAAAGAAAUCUAUCAAUAUAGCUUAAUCAUCUUUUGCAUUUAAUUCCAUUCUAGUUUAAGAUAUCAAUUGUUUAACAGAGUUAGAAUAAUUAAAUAUAAAAUUGGUUGAAAGACUUUGUAGGGAUAUGAACAAGUGUGAUUAAUUUUAUAAUUUACAUUUAUAGCAAAUAUAAGUGAAAUUAAGAAAAUUGGUUUAUAACAUAUUCAUUUAUUAAGACCUUUAAAAAAUUAAGGAUAUUUAAUCGAAAUUGUAUAUAUUGAAGCAAUAUUGUGAAAUGUUAUAUUUAGAAUGCAACCUCUUAGAGUCUUUUGCAAAAUACAAUGAGAUAGUGAUUAAGAAAAUAUUGAAAAAUUAUAAAAAAUAGGUUUUCAUUCAAGAUCCAAAAUACAACCUAUAAACAAUACAGAAUGUUUAUAAUGAAUUAUAGAUCUUUAAUAAUCGUUAGGAUAUUUAAAAGAUUCAAGUGAAAUUAAAGUUGUUAUAUUCACGUUGUCUUACUUAGAAACAAUAGAAUAAUAAUAUAAGGAAACUAAAAUAUCAUAAUAUUUAUAAAGGAUUUACAAGAAAAGAGCAAUUAUUGAUAGGAUUAUAUUUAGGAGUCUCAUUCUGUUUAUUGUUAUUUAUAAUAUCAAGAAGAAACUCAUUAAAUAUUAACUUUUACAAAAAGUAUUAAAUUACAAUAUAAAUAGUCAAUUUUACUAUGAUUUAUACUUUCCAAUGUUUAGAGGGAUAGGUUUAAUGAUUUUGUACUAUUGGUCGCUUAUAUUUUGUGUAUACUGUUGGAUUAAAGGUAAUGUUGGAUAUAGAUCAAUUUUUAAUUUCAAACAUCAUAGUUCGUCAAUCAAUCAAUUAAUUAAAAGAGCUGCAUUUAUAACAUUAUUAUAUUUUUCAAUAUUAAUAGUAAGUUUAUAAAAAGAACUCUAUAUUGAAGAGGAAAAGGAUGAAAAUUCAUACCUGUAAGAUUAUAUAACAGAUAAAAUAAUUUAUGAUCCUGCAAUAGGACCUUUAAUAUUAUGGUUAUUCAUAUUACUCUACAUGAUAUGGCCUUCAAAAAAGUACUUGAAUGCAAAAGGGAGAAAAUAUUUUUGGAAAAUUGUAUAUACAAGUAUUUUAUCAGGAUUUUUGGAAUGUCCAUUCGUUAAUUGUUGGUCAACAGAUUAAUUACUAUCAUUAACAUUAAUGCUCAAAGAUUGUGCUUAUACAGUUUGUUUUUAUAUAAAAUACUUUUAAGAUAAGGAUAAUUAUGAAUCUUAGGCUACUUGUGGUGAUCCUAAAAAUCUAUAGAUAGGGUUAAUAGUAUGUUUGAUUCCUAUUUUUUUAAGAUUUAUUUAAUUAGGAAGAUGCUUAUAUGAUAGUAAGAAAAUAACUAUGGAUGAUAUAUUUGUUGUAUUGAUAUAUGUAGAAAUAGCAAUGGUAACAGUUUUUUCAUUUUUAUCAUAAUUUGGAAAUUUGUAUUUUAUUAUUUGGAUUAUAUCUUUUUGUUUACUUGCUUGUAAUGCAUACUUUUGGGACAUAAAAAAGGAUUGGGGUUUAUUUUAAAUAAAUUCAAAACAUAAAUAUCUAAGAAAUUAAAUAGCAUUUAAACCAAUAUUUUAUUAUAUUGGUAUUAUAUUGGAAUUCUUUCUUCGUUUUGCUUGGAUUCUUUCAAUAUCACCAAAUAUGGCAUCAAUAAUUCAUAUUUGGUCACCAUUUUUUUCCUUAUUAAUGGCCAUUUUCGAAUUGAGCAGAAGAACAGUUUGGAAUAUAUUUAGAAUAGAAAAUGUUCACAUUUAAAAUAUGGGAGAUUUUAAGGCAGUUUAUCCAGUUUAACUCCCUUUUGAAUAAUUAAUUGAUUAAUAAUCAUAUAUGAACAUAAAAGAACAGAGAAAAACUUAAAUAGAUCCGAUUAAUAUAUCAUUGUUAAGUGGAACAUAAAAUUAAUAAUCUAUUGCAGGAUAAUAUUUUUAAUUUAGAAAUUCUAUUAGAUCAGAUUCAACGGAGGAUGAAACUAAAUUAAACUUAUUAUUAUAAUAGGAACAGGAUUUGAUGGCUGAAACUAUGUAUGAGGAUAGAAAGAGAGAAAGUAUAGUAACAAUGAGAUAUUCUGAAUUUAAGCUUGAUCAUUAAGAAGAGAAAAUUUUAAGUAAAUAAGAAUUGCUUAAAGAUCUUUAAGUAAUAUAAGAGUUGAUAAAAAAAUGA